AUGUCAGCAAUCCCCGGUGAACUUACGCCCUCCCAGAGACCCUCCAGCUCCAUCUACUUGCCGCCGGAGAUCCUUGCCAUGGUAAUGGCAUACUGCGAUGACAAGAGUCUCCGAUUACUAGCGCAGUGCAGCAAGCUUUUUCGGGUUAUCUGUACGCCACUGCUUUACCAGCGAGACUUACAAUCGCCCGUUCCUCGUUGUGUUGCCUGGGCGAUUUCCGAGUGCGGGGACGACUCCGUUUCACUAUGUGUACUUCAAAGAGCUCAGCAGUUGGGGGCGGAUUUUCAAAGGAGACUGCCGUACGAUUGCUUCCUCGGUCAUUGCGGUACUGAUGUCUUUGAAUCCCAACGGGACUGCUCAUUCCGAAGUACAGAGCUGCUGUCAGCUUUUCAGCUUGCUCUUCUGUUAGGCCGCGACAAGCUUGUUGCUUAUCUUUUGCAAAACGGAUUUCGCAGCCAGGAAGUAACUUUCGACGACAAAGUUCGGUCUUUACUUCCGUUCAAAGCGCCUUAUGCUUCUCUUUGGGAACUGGACACCUCCAUUGCCCCGCUCUCUGCAUCGGACUCGCCUUUUCAACCAGCCUUCGAGCCAUUUAUUCAGUGGGAUGAGUUCGAGCCAACCUCUGCGAGGCUUGAAACACUUUCUUUCGCGCCCUGGUUUCCAAUGUCGCAAGAGGAAAUUCUACAGUAUGUGUACGAGUGUGGAGUCAGUAGCUUCACUAUGGGUCCGGAAGUCGAAUCCAAGCGAGAGAGAAUGAAGUCUGCUAUCAGAAAUUUGCAAAUGUCCUCGGAUCGGAUCAAGGACCACAAAGAAAGCACGACUGUUGCAAAGAUUGACGCGAGAGCCUUGUUGUAA